GUCAAAGUUUGUGCGAUGAUGAUGAUCAGCCUAGAUCAGGGCUCGUGAGUUGUUUUGAUAAUUAGCGUUUGCAGUUUUGUGGACAGGCACUCUCCAGAUUCCCGCCAGCCGCGAAUACGUGCAUUCUGUAAUCAUGUCUCAGAGUUCGACACUCUCCUCCAUCUCAUGGUCAGAUCGUCGCGGAGGAGUCGAGAAGAUCGCUGACUGCAUGAAGGAAAUGUUAGCCCGUGGAGAAUCGAGCGAUGUACAGUUCGCGAUAGGACGCAGCUAUGGCGGAGCGCAGGUCUUUCCAGCUCACAAACUGAUCAUGAGUGCCCGAAGCAAUGUCUUCCACCAGAUGUUCUAUGGAGCUCUGCCAGAGAAGUGCACGGCUCCCAUCGACAUUCCGGACAUUCUCCCCGAAGCGUUCGCUAACAUGCUCAGUCUGCAGUUAUAUCUACACUGAUGCCGUGAAAAGCCUCAACGAAGAUAACGUUUUUUGAGACGUUGAACUGCGCUGAUAAGUACGAUCUGCCAUCGCUGGUGGAUACGUGCUCGUGUUUCAUUCUAAGCCAACUCAAAACGGCGAACUGCCUGCAAGUUCU